AUGGCUCUUGUCCUGCAACAACAACAUUUGGCAAUUCGCUCUCUCCAGCAUAGCUACUACCCACCGCGCCAAUUUGACCUUCCAACUACUGCUGCUAUGCGUCUUUACGUGCUCGUAGCAACCGUGAUCGGAGCCACUCUGGUGGCGACCGGCAAUGCGCUUGACACCUCGAAGGUCACAGCGCUGAGGGGAGCCACUACAACCGCUGACAUUGCCACCGGUGGCGAUGCGCUCGCUGAGCGCUUGCUCGCGACCAACGAGCUCACAAAUGAAGAUGAAGAAGAACGUGGCCGCAAAAGGCGCCGCCGUCGCCGCCGUCGCCGUUCGUCCGACGACGAGGAAGAAGACAGCAGCGAUGACAGCAACGACAAUCGCCGCCGCCGUCGUCGUCGCUUCUCGCUAUUUGAUUGA